AUGGUCCUCGGUCCCACCGCUCGCCUGUGGCUUCCCUACCUCAACUUUACCGUCGCCAUCUCGGCUUUGGGUUUCCAGACUGCUGUCUUGUAUCCCUGGCACGAAGAGCUUGACAAGGAGUUCAAGAUUCUCAAGCAAGAGCACAAAGAGCAACUCCAUUUGCAUCAAAAAGUCACUCUCAAGCAACUUCAAGAUCUGGAGACGAGGAUCACGGUGACUGAGAAAGCCAUGCCAGGUGUAAGUUUGAGCCGAAUGCCAUGA